UUUUUUAUGUUCUUAAUGUAUCAUGCGACUGUCUAUUCUAGCCCUUGCGCGCUCGCUGCGACAAGGGUAUCAUGAAGGUAACAUCGACCCUUUUGCAAAGGUGCAAUGGAUAUCGCAGCCAUUUCUCAACGGUAAUAUGCCCACUGUGUCGCCGCUUGCUCCGGCGCAUCGCAGCUUAGGUGUAGUUACAGUGACAGACACUCCAACGGGUAAUUGGCACAUAAUAGAUGCAGCAGAGAAGACUGUCGGAGCAAUAGCUUCGCAUAUUGCAGUCAUCCUACAAGGGAAGCAUCUACCAACGUAUGAUUCUGCUAAGGUCAGCGGAGACAAUGUUAUCGUGGUUAAUGCUGUACGAGUACUAAUGAACGGCCACAGCUGGGAUACAAAGGUUUACAAGUUUGAUCGGAAGGCGCACCCAAAAGGUCCUAAAAUAAUUACUGCCAAAACUAUGAUGGCCCGUAACCCUGCUAUGAUCAUAAACCUUGCUGUCAAGCGUAUGCUGCCACGCAACAAGCUACGCCCAUUUUGGUACAGGCGACUGUUUGUCUAUGGCGGUGCCUUACACCCUCAUUGGAAUAUACCUCAAGUAGUAGUACCAGUGGUGCCAGAGAAGGCGAAAAGCGACAUCGUAAAUUCCAUUGCUACAUCUAAGAGCUUUAAACAACAGUUACAACCGGUUGUGAUGAUGGAAGGACCAAAGAAUUGCGGAAGUGUAUUCGAAUGUUUCACCUUAUACACCGUAUAGCAUCGCUUUCCGAGCCAAAUCCGGAGACGUCAUAUAACGGUUCUUGAUGUCUACAUUUUA